UUGUCAUGGCAAUGUUCGUUCAGAAAGAGCACGGCUGAGGACCGAGCAGAGCAAGCCGACAUAGCCGUGUUGCAGGCUCAAGAAGAUUGCGACAUCGCUCGUAUCUGCGCCAAGCAGUUCGCUCCCGACUUCCAUCAACCUGGUGCGGAGAUGGUCGAUAAAGUGCGGGCCAAUGAGGCGGCUGCAUCUCAGAUGGCGCAGUACCAAUUUGGCGGUGGUGAUGAUCGGAAGGCACCGUUCGUGAAUGCUGCUUCGGCCGACCGUCUACCUCAGUCGGUUCCGAACGUGGCCGGUGUCGAACAACCACCCGCGACGAACCUGUCAACUCAGAGAGUACCUCAGCGAUUGCCUGAACGAGCUGUUCCGUUCAGCUCGAUGCUGUCGCAGUCGUUCGGACCCAGCCAGCCGUUGGCAGCUACGGCCGAAGGCCAAACUCUGGUUUCGUUCGGAGUCCCGAUGGACGGACAGAUGCCUCCGCAUACCUCGGGAGCUCCGCUGGCAACUGGAGGCGGUGGUGCGAAUUACUCGCAUUCCACGCCUCGAACGGUGCCGGUCGUCGUAACGGUCACAGAAGCACCUCAGAGCAGCCUCAAGGCAAGCGAAGCCGACGUUGUCGGAGACAGGAACCCGAGUCGUACGACUGCCGCUGACAAACAGCGGCAUACGACGACCGAGGCCAGAUCCACUAGCACUGUGAUAGCUCCGACGGUCAGGAGCACGUUGGCGCCAAUGGAUGAGAAGUUCCAUCGCGGCAGCUCAAAGUAUUCCUUGAACCAACUGCUGAACGACCACUUUGACCAGUAUGCCGAAACCGAUGGCCGACAAACAAGUGGUACAAAAUCCAGGGAAGCGGAAGGUGGCCGAUGGAAGGACGAGCGUGCAACGCACGACCAGGACGACUCAUUUGCGAGGCAUGACAGAUUCGGCGAUAGCCUGGCCUUCUCAUCGACGUCUCGUCCAAUACAUCUGUACUCGAAUGAACCGGCUAGCGAUCUGUUAAUCAGGAGACACACCAGAAUCAAUAUCGGCAUUCCUCACCUGUCCCAUGGUACAGAGUCUCGCGGCAGUUUACCGGAUCUGAUGGAAUUGGACAAGACGCCGAUGGUCAUGACCAGAGAGGAAAUUGCUCAUCUAAGUUCUCAAAGACGAUUGGAAAUUUUGCGGAAGCGAGAGGAAGAGGAACUAUACAGAAGGAAUCCACUGCUUCUCGUUCGGCUCAUCUUUCAUCCUAGUUUUAGGGCUUGGAUCGUGAGGUGGAAACUUGCGCUGUUCGUCUGCUGGAUGAACUUAGUAUUGUUCGCCAUAUUCUACCACUUACUAACUUCUUCAAGGCCAACCCGCGAGCGCAAGGAAGACGGGUGAGG